UAGCGGCGCCUUUGGAAUUGCGAUUCGCGUACGCCUGGAUGUCACCCCAGUCCUGGCGCGAAAUCCUCGAUUUCUGUUUCGGUAACUCUGGAAGGGAGCUUAUUUCUUUGUGCAUUUCCUGCAUCUUGUUUUUUACAUUUUUACCUGGAAGGCCGUAUACAGAUGUUCGCUUUGUAGACACCAUGGAUGGUGGUCGGGGGAUUUCCUCGCUGGAGCGUUGUAAGGCACUUUGAUUCGGUUGGAUUUGAAGGUGAUCAAACGUCUUCGGGUCAGUGUCAGCUUCGUACAUGCUCGACGGGAUCGGGGGCUGUCUAUUAAUGU